AACUCAUCUCCCUCUGCCUCGACCUUGUCGCCGGAGCGACGAGCCGCCGCCAUCGCGGCCGCCGAGGCGGAAUGCUGGGCCGCCCUGGAGUCCGCUGAGGGUGGUGUUGCUUUUUCUCCUGAAACUCACCCGCAACUUUUCCGGGCAAACUUGGCUUUAGUGGACGCAAUUUCGCUCGGCGACGACGACAGGAGAACCAUGGCCGAGUAUAUGAGCAAAACCUUUCUCCGAAGUGGCGUUGAUCGAACAGCUUUUAAGUUGAUCAAGGCCACCAUGCGCUGGCCUCGCAUCCGAAAAUAUUGGCCGCGCAUCCGGCGCCGCAUUUGCUCGGGGUGCGGAAAGCAAUAUGAUCUUUCGGAACCGCGGCUCUUGGUUUGUGGCGAGUGCGGCGAGGGACGAUACUGCGACGAGGCGUGCCAGCGCGCGCACUGGCCAGAGCACCGGGGCCCGUGCUUGAAAACAUUCCUUGAACAAGCCAAGGAGCGCCGGUCGCACUGGGACCCGCAUGGCAAAACGAUUGAAAAACUGCGACAGGAUUUCCUCGAGUUGUAUCCGACUCCCGAUGGCGUGAAUUUAACCUAAGAAGAUAAUGAGUCUCUCUCUUAC